AUGACUUGCACUAUGGCCUAUGUGUAUUAUGUUAGAAACGGCAUACAUUCAACGUUCGGAAGUCCGGGUCCAAGUCCUCAACAAACUCAACCAAUGAUGUUUAAUCCUUCAAAUAAUUUAGUUGAUGCAUUCGGAAGUAAUCCUCUCUUAGCUGGAGUUACUGUACGGUACGGACAGAAAAUUUUAGGACAGGUUGUUGAUGAAAAUGUUGGCAAAUAUACAAGUGGAAUAAGUUCAGAAAUAAAACGUUAUUUUGCUGUAGAUACCCGUUAUGUGAUCAGCAAACUUGGUUUAUUAUUGUUUCCGUUUGUCCAUACAGAUUGGUCAAUUAUGCUAGAAUCAACUGAACAAACCGAUGAUCGUCGACGAGCAAGACCAAAAACAGAUCUCAAUGCACCAGAUCUUUAUAUUCCUACUGUUUCUUUUGUAACAUAUUUACUGUUUUUGGGUCUCAUACUUGGUAAACACGGGCAAUUCAGCCCAGAACUUUUAAGUGUACAGGCUUCUCGUGUUCUUGCUUGGGAAGUAAUAGUAGUUUUAGUGGAGAUAAUGGCACUAUAUGUUACAAAUAUACAAAGUUCACUACGUGCUUUUGAUCUAACAGCUUAUUCAGGAUACAAAUAUUUUGGAAUUAUAAGCUGUAUUCCAAUUGGUUUACUUUUUGGUGAAACUGCAUUUUAUCUUGCCUUACUAUACAUUGGAAUUGCAUUUAUGUACUUUUUGUUAUUUUCAAUGAGGUGGCAGUUGAAUUCAGUAGCGACAGUUUCAAAUGUUGGCCAACCAGUAGUAAUGGUUGAAUACAAACGUAAAAGAACAUUAUACUUCUUGAUUAUGGCAGUUGUCAUUCAACCAAUAACGACGUGGUACCUUAUAUCAUAUUUAACAUUUACUAUGAGAUGAAUAUAACUGGAUAUAGAAGAAAAUAAUUUAUGCUAUGAAACUAUGCAAUCAUGUUGUUAAAAACUGUAUAUAUUUUCUUUUCAUAUGUUUUAAUAGCCUGUUGGUAUGAUGUUUUUAGAUCUACAUUUUAACAAUGUAUCAUACUCCAUAUACUGAAAUAUGUAUUAACAGCAAAUUUUUUUUAUAUCUUUAAUAGCAUAAUUUAUCAAUUUAAUUUUGGCCUUUUUAA